UUUCCGAUAACCGUGCGGAGAGCAAUAUAGUAGUGCGCAAGUACCGGCGACUAUGCGCAGCUACAAUCAGCUGUGCAUCUUAUUCACGCAUAUCGCAUUUACUAGUACAUGUACAUCGUCUCCCGAUUUUCUGCGUAUGCCGCGCCGUAGCGUACGGUAUACACUGGAAUGUCCAUAAACGGAAAACAACAAUUUUAUGCCAACUAUUACUCAAGAUUUCACCAUGCCAAAUCCAUCGGUACGACGCGAGGGACCGAUGAAACUUCGGUUAACAGUUCUAUGUGCCAAGAACAUCUGUAAAAAGGAUUUUUUCAGGUUACCGGAUCCCUUUGCCAAGGUAGUGGUUGAUGGAUCAGGGCAGUGCCAUUCUACAGACUACUGCAAAGGAACUCUUGACCCAAAAUGGAACCAGCAUUAUGAUUUAUUUUUAAGUUUAAGUGACAGCAUCACACUGAGUGUAUGGAAUCAUCGGAAGAUCCACAAGAAGCAGGGAGCUGGUUUCCUGGGCUGUGUCAAGAUUCUGUCCCAUGCCAUCCAAAGGCUGAAAGACACCGGUUAUCAAAGGUUAGAUCUAUGCAAGCACAAACCGGAGGAUGGAGACAACAUCCGCGGUCAGAUCGUCAUCAGUCUUACAUCGAGAGAUCGGGUUGGGUCUUCAGCGAGCGGAGCGGUGGUCGACUCUCGCAACAUCAACCCGCAUCCUUUGCUACCUUCAGAUCCAAAUGAGCUGCCUGAUGGGUGGGAGGAGCGUAUGUCAACCUCAGGAAGAGUGUAUUUUGUCAAUCACCUCACAAGAACAACACAAUGGGAGAGACCUACAAGGCCUGCUUCUGAGUGCACCCAUGCUCCUUCAUCACGGACGUCCACCCACGCCAACGGUCACCAUCACAACCACCACCACCACUCAUCGUCGUCAUCGUCCUCCUCCUCAUCUCAACAUCAUAGAGGAACCAGUCAUGGCGACAGAGGAGGGGGCAGUGGGGAGGGCCAUGAAGGGGGGCGGUCAGGGGCGUCCAGUCGGCAUGGUCGCUCAUCGGACGACCACAGCAAGUACAGCAGAAGGGCAUCCUCAAGGCUCAGAAACUACAUGGAUCGAUCAACAUUGCACAGAGUCAUCGAUCUGCCAGAGGGAUAUGAACAACGCACAACAUCACAAGGCCAGGUCUACUUCUUAGACACGAGUACGGGGGACAGUACGUGGCACGACCCCCGACUACCACGUGACCUUCACAUCAACGAGGCUGACCUCGGAGGGCUCCCUACUGGGUGGGAGACGCGACACACGGCUACCGGGAGGGUCUACUAUGUAGACCAUAAUAACAGGACAACGCAGUUCACGGAUCCAAGGCUUGAUGCUCAGAUCAUCAAUAGGGCUAUGUCAAAACAUAAUGGCAAUACAGAUUCAUCGCCUGUACCGAAGUACAAGAGAGACCUUGUCCAGAAGAUGAAGCUAUUACAUGCAGAGUUAGCUACAGUUCAACCUCAGACAGGACACUGUAGGAUAGAGGUCUCAAGAGAAAACAUCUUUGAGGAAUCCUACCGUCAGAUCAUGAAGCUGAAGCCGAAGGACCUUAGGAAACGAUUGGCCAUCAAGUUCAAGUCAGAGGAGGGUCUGGACUAUGGAGGCAUCACAAGGGAGUGGCUGUACCUCCUAUCACACGAGAUGCUCAAUCCUUAUUAUGGUCUCUUCCAGUACUCUCGGGAUGAUAUCUAUACAUUACAGAUCAACCCAGACUCAGGAGUCAAUCCAGAACAUCUAUCCUACUUCCAUUUUGUUGGACGAGUGAUCGGUCUUGCCAUCUUCCAUGGUCACUACAUAGAUGGAGGUUUCACCAUGCCAUUCUACAAGCAGCUUCUAGGAAAGCCAGUCAGUCUUGAGGACAUGGAGACAGUAGACCCUGAGGUGUACAGGAGCCUUGUAUGGAUACUAGAGAAUGAUAUCACUGGUAUACUGGAGAAUACUUUUGCAGUGGAACACAACUCAUUCGGACAGAUGCAGGUCCAUGAACUCAAACCCAAUGGUAUGAAUAUCCCAGUCACGGAGGAAAACAAGAAGAAAUAUGUCAAACUGUUUGUGCAAUGGCGUUUCCUGCGUGGCAUCGAACCCCAGUUCCUGGCUCUCCAGAAGGGCUUUCACGAGCUCAUCCCACCGCGGCUCCUCAGACCGUUCGACGAGCGUGAGCUGGAGCUCCUGAUCAACGGCCUGGGCAAGAUCGACGUUGAGGACUGGAAGAACAAUACCAGGCUGAAGAACUGUUCUCUGGAGACUGCCAUUGUCCAAUGGUUCUGGCAAGCAGUUGAUUCCUUUGAUGAGGAGAAGAGAGCAAGACUCUUGCAGUUUGUUACUGGAACAUCCAAGGUGCCUUUAGAAGGGUUCAAGGCACUUCAAGGUUCUACUGGUGCAUUGAGCCCACGUCUGUUCACCAUUCAUCAAAUAGAUGCUAGCACAGACCUUUUACCCAAGGCCCAUACAUGCUUCAACCGUCUUGACAUCCCACCAUAUGAAAACUACUCCAAGUUCCUUGACAAACUGACGUGUGCUAUAGAGGAGACGUGCGGAUUUACUGGCGAAUGAGAACACAGACAUUUCUAAUGCAAUUGCUUUUGUAUUAUUUGCACCAUCUUUACUGAUUGUGGUUUCUUGUUUUGGCUGAGAGUGUAAUACCAUGGUUUCUUGGUAUGGCUAAGAUGGGAAAGUUAGAAGUUGGAAUGCAGUUAUCGAUGAUCAUGCAACAAAGAAGAGCCUUGGGGAUAUCCUUCAAAGAUUCUUUGACCUGUUUGGCAAAAUCCUGGCAAUGCAGCAUCUGUCAUUUGUUGCAAUUUAGUGAUUGUUGUGAAAAAAUGUGUGGAAUUAGAAUGUAGUUAUCUAUGAUCAAGCUACAAAGAAGAGCCAAGAGGAUUUUCUUCAAAGCUUUUCAACCAGAUGUGCAAAAUCAUGGCACCUUCUGUUACAUAUUGAGAUUGUUGCGAGAAAUGUUCAUAGUUAAAAAGUUAUGAUCAGGCAACAAAGAAGAGCCUAGAGGAUAUUCUUCAAAGACUGUGAAAUCAUAGCACCAUUUGUUGCAUCUGAAGAUUCCAAGAAAUAAAGGGAGUAGGAAUGUGAUGACUAAGCAAUGAAGAACUGCCUCUGAGAUUUACGUGAAAGAAUCUGUAACCUCAUGUCUCAAAGCAUUACACCGUCUAUAAAGAUGAUGUAAUAUCUAUGUAGCAAGACACAUCUAGGACACCAAGAGGCUAUAUAUAUUCAUACUUUGUGAUACAUUAUCACCCAUGCACCUUCCAAAGCUUUUUUUAUGUUUCUUGUUGUUCAGCACUCUCUUGCUUCCUUGGAAGACAUUGGAGAAAGAGUAGAGGCAAUACCCGUAGAACAAAGAGAGAGAGAUGGAAUAUGAGAAGAUCAAUUAUAGAUCCAGUUACCUCCCGUCAGAUACAUGUAUCUUAGUAUUGUGAUGCUUAUAUUAACCAAGCAGUAUUCAGACAGGUGCCCCAUGUUCUGUCUCAUUUGUUAGACAAAAACUGGAUACUAGUCAUUAAAAAAAAAUGGUUUUGCAUCAUGUUUUUUACUGUAAAAUUUGAUUGGAGAUAACAUGUUGGUAGUGUUAUGUUAACAGAAUAGAGAUGGAA